UAUACUUUGAACCCUCUUUGCCCUCUCAUUCCUCGGAGGCGUGUUCAUCUCGGAGCUACUCGGAACUUACUUUCUUCUGGGUUCCCCAACCCUAUUCCCUCUUCUUAACUUUAUACCCCUUCUGGGCUACAUGGUGGCAGUGGCAGCUAUGUUCCGAUCAUACGAUAACCCCAGUGACGUUGGAACCAGAGGAGCGACCGACAGAGCACAGUGGAUUCUGAGCCAGUUCUACGAGGAUGACGUGGACGACUACCAGGAGCUGGAGCCCAUGAUCCAGUCUCUCCUCUCCUCGUCCUCUGUCGCCUUAACACACCCCCCGCACUCCUCCUCUGCCUCACACGCUGCUGGGCGCAUCUCAGUGGCUACAACCUCACUGUCACACGACACAUCAAGAUCCUUCAGGACAUUGGACGUGACAGCAGUUUGGACCAUGCUGGCCCUGGUGUUCCUAGAGAAAUGCAGUGGAGCAACUGUGCUUUUCUAUUACUCGUGUCGCUUCUUCGCCAACCGAGUGGACUCCCUCUCCACCCAUCAAGGUCAAAUACUGACGGUACUAUGUACUAUGGUGGCCAUGAUAGUGUGUGCACUGUCAAGUAGAUACCAAGGUUUCCAUGCACAUCGCCUGCUAUGGGUCAUUAUCGGCUCUCUAGGUACUGUUGCGUCUUCAGUGGCUCUGGAGUUGAUGUUCGAAGUGGACAACCAGAGAUCCUCGCGUCUUCUUGCACUCUGUGGCUCAUUAUCGUUCUUCUUCUUCUACACUAUGGGACCCAGACUCGCUCUAGAACAGGUGCGGUGUGAAGACAUGUGCUAUCAGAAGAAGCUGCGACACAUUUCCCUAAUGAAGAAGGCGGAGUGGCUCACUCUUCUUCUGGUGGCAGAAAUAAUCCCCCCUCUCAUGGACUCAAUCGGCAGAUACUUCUUCUUCAUCUUCAUUGGGUUCCAGUUGCUACUACUUGUUGUGUACAUGUAUAGACUGAGUUCUGUCUCCAAUGCAACCGACGGAUCACCUCACUGAUUAUGUAUUUUGGGUUUCCACCAUAGUGUAUCCGAAUUCCCCUGUCUCGAUGUCGUGCCAUGGGAUAUUUUUACUGAUGUUUUUUCACUAUGAUCUCACUCUCUACUCGAAGCAUAAAGGUGAUCCAAAUAGUAAUAGGAAAAAAAUUACUGCUUCAGAAAUGUGAUUUGAUGAACAAAAACAUUUGAUGGGAAAAAAGCAAAAUUCUCAACAAGAAAUUGAAGUUU